AUGUACAGAUUCCAGAGGACAGGCCCAGCACAGACCCCUGAGGGACUGAGGCACCCACUGGGAGGUCCCUGGACUGCUGCCUGCCGACGACGACAUGGAAGCUUCUUCCUUGAGGGUAGUCACUCAGCAGCAUCACCAGGUGCCUUCAAGCUUCUCCAGCAAGCCUGCGUGCCACACCCGGUCAGGAGCACCUGCAAUGUCCAGAGCGACGGCAAGGGUAUCCAGGCUGGGGUCCAGGGAGCCCUGCCAACCCCUGGAGAGGAGCAGCAGGAGGUCUGGAGUGGAGCGGCCGGAUCUGAGCCUAAACUGGUGGUCAGUGAUGAGGGCGUCGUUCUGGAGGUGGCGGGUGACAGCCUCCAACACUAUCCUUUGGAAGAUUUGGGCCUGGAGGUGGCGGGUGACAGCCUCCAACACUAUCCUUUGGAAGAUUUGGGCCUGGAGGUGGCGGGUGACAGCCUCCAACACUAUCCUUUGGAAGAUUUGGGCCUGGAGGUGGCGGGUGACAGCCUCCAACACUAUCCUUUGGAAGAUUUGGGCCUGGAGGUGGCGGGUGACAGCCUCCAACACUAUCCUUUGGAAGAUUUGGGCCUGGAGGUGGCGGGUGACAGCCUCCAACACUAUCCUUUGGAAGAUUUGGGCCUGGAGGUGGCAGGUGACAGCCUCCAACACUAUCCUUUGGAAGAUUUGGGCCUGGAGGUGGCGGGUGACAGCCUCCAACACUAUCCUUUGGAAGAUUUGGGCCUGGAGGUGGCGGGUGACAGCCUCCAACACUAUCCUUUGGAAGAUUUGGGCCUGGAGGUGGCGGGUGACAGCCUCCAACACUAUCCUUUGGAAGAUUUGGGCCUGGAGGUGGCGGGUGACAGCCUCCAACACUAUCCUUUGGAAGAUUUGGGCCUGGAGGUGGCAGGUUCAGAUCUGGACCAAUCUUUGUGGACCAGCAGCGUGCGAGCCCCCUUCCAUAUAGAGGGCCAGGCAACACAGGCCCCAAACACCUCUGAGAGGGGUCCUGCCAGCUGACUGGGGCAGCGACGCAGCACAUGUGGCCCAGCGCCCUUCCUGACCUCCACUGCUCUCAGAAGUCAGUUAGUCUCUCUCUCUCUCUCUC